AUGUCUUCGUACGUAGCGCUCGUGAUCGGUUCCACCGGUGCUGUAGGUCGUGAUCUGGUCGCAGAACUCGUGUCCUCCGCCAAAUGUACAAAGGUCAUCGCUCUUACGCGUCGGGAUGUGCCGGAGUCUGCGUGGAAGUCGACGUUCCCGUCGUUGGACGCCGACGCGGCUAAGAAUAAGUUGGAAGUGCGAAAAGUGGACUUCAACAGCUUUUCCGAGGAAGAUAUCAAGCCUUCCGACAAGGUGGAUGCUGCUUUCUCAUGUCUAGGAACGACACGCAAAGAUGCCGGUUCAGCUGAGGCCUUUCGCAAAGUGGAUUUGGACUAUGUAACGACCUUUGCUGAGCUUUCCAAGGCGGCAGGUGUAUCGUACUUUGGGCUACUGACGUCUCAGGGCGCAAACAAGGACAGUUGGUUCCUGUAUCCGCAGACGAAGGGUCAAGUGGAAGCUAAGGUGCAGCAGCUUAAGUUUGAGCGCAUUUCCAUCUUCCGACCUGGAAUGCUGCAGCGUGGAGACUUGCUGCGUGGCACGGAGAAGAUGUUUGGCUGGAUGGUCCCGGGGAUGUUUCAAGUCUCGGUUAAAACUGUGGCAAAAGGCAUGGUGUUUGACUACGAGAAUGGUGCUGAAGGUCUUAAAGAGUGGAGCCAUGCCGAUCUAAAAAAGCUGGAGUAA